UGUGCAGCAUGCAUGGCAUGCAUGGAGGAGAUGGACUCGUGAUGGAAGGGGAAGCGAAAUUCGUUGUCGGUGCAACCGUUGCUACUGGAUUUGAACGGACUGCACUCGAUGAAUGCACCGAGAAACUUGGCUGUGAUAUCAACGCCUCUGUUGGCCGAGGCAAAGUUUACUUUGAAAUCCGUCAAAGCCAAUUAAAGAAGGCAUUGCAUCUUCGAACCGUCAAUCAUCUCUUUGUGGUCGUCAAACAGUUGAAGGGCCUUAAUCUCUGUCAAGGAAAAGAUGAGUCUCUUCAAGAGCUCUGCAGUCACCUGAGCCACUCAGACUGGGUCCAUGCUCUGGAUGCAUGGAUGCAUUUCCGAGGAGUUCACUUUAUCCCAGCCCUGCUGGAGACAUCCUCUCCAACUCCAAGCCAGGACACCUCAGAUACUCUUGGCACCGUCAAUGACAGGGUUACAUCUUCACAAAUACCCUCGAGUGAAGAUUCGGACAGUGGAUGCAGGCCACCGGAAGACAAUUCUCCCGAGAGUUCUCGUCGGGCAUCUGAGGAGCCCCUCCUGCAAAGCUCACCUUACCUGCCCACGUUCAGAGUGACAGCGCACCGAGUCGGCGACAAUCACAGCUUCUCCUCACAAGAGGCGGCAGGCAAGCUGGGAGAGUACCUCGCCCAGCGAUAUGGCUGGCCGGUCAGGCUGAAAUCCUUCGAGAUGGAAGUCCUGGUGAAUGUCACUGACAACGACGCGAUGAUCGGAAUCAACUUGACCGAGGAGAGCAUGCACAAGAGAAACAUCGUGCACUUCGGUCCCACAACGCUGCGCUCAACAUUGGCCCACUGUAUGCUGAGGUUAGGUGAGCCACAACCAGGUGACGUCAUAUGUGAUCCUAUGUGCGGUGGAGGCUCUAUACCCCUUGAAGCUGCUCAGAACUGGCCAUGUUUCGUCAUGGGUGGGGACAAUCAUGAUGUAGCUUGUCUCUACGCAGGCGGAAACGUCUCAGCCGUAAAUGAGAAGAGACGAUCAGACGGAAGGCCUGGAGUAUGUGUGGAUGUUCUGCGAUGGGAUGUUACCAACCUCCCCCUACGCACCAAUUCAUUAGAUCUCAUUGUGUCUGACAUGCCGUUUGGAAAAAGGAUUGGAAGCCGGCUGAACAACUGGGAGCUGUACCGACGUAGCCUCCUAGAGAUGGGAAGAGUGUGUCAACAGGGUACCGGGAAAGCAGUGUUGCUCACACAAGACAAGAAAUGCAUGGCUAAGAUUCUUCAGAAGGUGAACUCAGUCUGGAAGAAGCAGCUACAGUUGACCAUCAACAUCGGCGGACUGUUUGCAUGUGUCUACGUCCUGAAGAGAUGUAAAGCCAAGGAAAUUGCCGCCGAGAGCCCUGGCGGUAGCAGCGAACAGGAAGGAUCGAAGGAGUGAAAGAUGAAGGCCGUUGGUUUCAAUCACCCAGGGGGCAUUCAAGCGAGCUACUCACGUUAACACAAGUACUCCCCCGAAGCGCACAAACAGCAGGAGUACGCCCCACGGAUCAGCGAGAGUAUACUCCCCGUCAUACUGGAGUAUACUCCUGACCUGCGACACAUCCUCACCCUAGUUGACAGGAGUAACCGCGCGAACGCACCCCUGUUGUCCAGCCAGGAGUAAACUCUUUAGGCACCAUGCCAAAAUGUAUUUGAUAUAGGGUCGUUAUGCCAAGUACCUCAACCCGUCUGCUGUCCAAUCCGUGGAGGAAGUGGAUAUAGCUUGGUUUGACACCUGACUAACAUCUGUCUGGGACACACCAUGAGCACACACAGGUUCAUUCGUGCUUAGUGCAGGCCGCACGGAGUGUGUGAAGGAUUUCUGUUGGAAUCACAAAUGAACAACACUCUAAUUGGCACUGGGUGCCCAGUUGAAACAGUUGCAACCAAUCUCUCUCUUUUUUGACUGCGAGGGGGUGCUUCUGCACAGAGCAGGUAGGCGUAGAGAAUAGCCAAUGCAUCAUCACCUGUGUGACCUCAGAUGUUGGGUCACGUUACACAUUUGCACAUGAGCACCGCCUUUCAUGCAUAUCCAUGCUCGAAACCUUUGCUCCUGAAGACCACAGGAAAGGAUUGUCACUGUUUGUGGCAACCAAUAAAAUCUCUGUCUUGCUACAUGGCUAAACACCCAACUGCAAAUCUCGAACCAAAGUUUUGGAGGUGGCCAAAAUUGUUGGGGGGCAUGGCUUCAGCCCCCCCCCUCCCCCGAUCCACCUUGACAUAUUAAAAACCAGAUUGUGCACUGCACCAUGAAAUACAGUCUAUCAUCGAACAACAUUCACCAUCCCUGCACAAAACUUCCAACAGAUUACACCAGACUGCUCAAUCUCAACAACUGGUACGCACACCAGAAGGCAACAAAUUGUUUUGGGGAGUGAUGUGUAAUACUGUGAUAACCUGGCAAGAUCAAAGAGUGUAGUUAGAUGUGUUACGGACGGGUGAGGAAAUCCUUGCGCUUCACUAAAUUGACUCGGAACUGGUCAUUGAAAUAAAGUUUGACUGGUAACUUUAAUAUAUUUACUAAUUUCAGCUUUUCAGCACUCUCGGACAUAAGAUCACAUGCAUUGGGUCAUCGAUGUAACAUGUGGAUCUUGUGCUGUAGACAUAAUAAAAAGAAUGGGGAAAAUGACAAAAGUGAAAUUCCAUUAAUCUGAAUACAAGCCACUAAUGAACAAAUGAUAUCCACAAAGUCUCAUUAUCUAAAGUAAUAUGUAUUUGUUUUAUUACAUUAACACUCCAUAGGUAAUACAUUAUAGAAUUGUUAUUCAUUUAAUAAUACUUAUUAAUUAGUACAAGAAAAACAAAAGCUAAUGCAAACGGAUUAUUAAACUUAAGCAGCUACGUGGAAAUGUAAAUACAAUCGUACAAAAGAACCUUGAAGUUUGGUUGACAAUACCCUGUACUGGAGUUGAUCGAUGAACUGUCCUUGGCUUUUGUGUGUUGAAUAAAACAUGAGUUAGCUACUGCACUGUCAUUCUUAAAAAAUAAAGUCGAGGAACCCAA